GAGAGAAAGAGAGCAUUCUUGAUUCCCAUCAACAAACAAGCAGGGACUGAAAGAGAGAGAGAGAGAGAGAGAGAGAGAGAGAGAGAGAGAUGACGAAGAAAGCUGGUCACAUUUCUCAGGCACCUGAAAACGUGCGGCUUAUUUUAGGACGCGUGUUGCUUAUUGAUGAGAGGGGGAGUGUUUAAUCUACUUCCACUCUGAUGGUGUGUGAAUGGUGACUGUACAUGGCAAGCAGCUGGGAUCUCUGUUAUGUAGAGAACACCCCUCACACAGUCACAUCCUGACACCAAUACAGACGGACCAGCAUCUCAUCAUCCUGGACCAAUGAGGCAUCUCAACUGAGCUCAUUCUCAUUAGAUAUAUACAUAUAUAUAUAUUUAACAGAAAUCUUUAUUUUUAAAGUUUCAUCGUCGGCUGGGCUUUUCUCUGCCCAUGUGGGUCUGAGCUCCGGGAUAGUACACUGUGUACAUACGGUUCUGCAGCUCCUGAGUCUCUCUCACUUGUGUUCACGAAACUCCUGAGUGACAAGCAGCGGAAAGCGGGGCAGCGGUAAAAGUCUACAAUUAUUCCACUCGGAAGCGAGAAUCGACGAGAGAACAUGGAGAACAGUCCUGGUGGUGGUGUCAUCCUGUACGCCGGCUCAUCCGGCAGUGCCAGCCCGAGUCCUGGAAGCCCAUCCAGCGGAUACCAGACCCAGUCGCCGUCCUCCCACUCUCAGCCCUCGUCCCCGGAGGGGGUCUCCUUCCAGGAGAUCGGGGUGCUGAAGCAGAGAGGCGACCAUGGCAGAGGAAGUGUUUCCCCCAAAAGGGUCUUUCAGUUCCCGGAAGUGAGCAAUGCUCCUGUUGCUCACAUUACCACGGCGCCGUCAGCGACCUACGGCCAUGCCACACCUGCCAAAAGGUCCUGCAGUUUCACCGGGACAUUCACCAAGACUGGUGGAAUGGUGCUGUUAUGUAAGGUGUGUGGGGACAUCGCGUCCGGAUUCCACUAUGGUGUCCACGCCUGUGAGGGCUGCAAGGGGUUCUUCAGACGCAGCAUUCAGCAGAACAUCCACUACAAGAUGUGUGUGAAGAACGAGAACUGUCUCAUCAUGCGCAUGAACCGUAACCGGUGCCAGCACUGUCGCUUCAAGAAGUGUCUCUCUGUGGGCAUGUCCCGAGAUGCGGUGCGUUUUGGGCGUAUUCCCAAGCGGGAGAAGCAGAGACUAAUGGAUGAGAUGCAGAGCUACAUGAACAGUCUCAACGGACCGGCUUCCGUGGAGAUGGAGGUGCCGCCUCCCUCCGACGGCCCCUGCAGUCCGCUCAACCAGACCAACACUGGAUCCUGUUUUCUACCGCAGUCUUACCCCAGCGAAGAGAAGCCGCUCAAAACGGCAGCAGGCGGCAGCAGCCUGGGAACUCCGUCUUUCCAGAGCAGAACAGUGCAGGAAGCCGUCCCGUCCGCCCAGAACCAGAACCCAGCGCAGUACAGGGUUCAAGUGGAGCAGCAAAAUGUCUCAACUGGCUACCACCUGACUGCGAACUUCCCAGCUCCUCCCUGCAGUAAUGCAAGCUCCACAAGCACAAAUGUCAGCAACGCCAACUACUCCUUCUCCUCCAGUCAGAACCAGUGUCCAGUUAGUGGCAGUUUAUCGUCUCAGACCUUCACAGCCAGUCAUGGUGUCAUGCCAGACAGAGAUAACCAGAACCCAACAUCCUGCCCCUGGAAGCUGAACGGAGGCGCCAAAGUGCUUGCAUGCCCUCUCAAUUCGUGUCCCGUGGCUCCGGCCAGUCGCUCCAGCCAGGAGGUGUGGGAGUCGUUCUCCCAGUGCUUCACCCCGGCUGUUAAAGAAGUGGUGGAGUUUGCAAAGAGCAUCCCAGGCUUCCAAAUGCUGAGCCAGCACGACCAGGUCAUGCUGCUCAAAUCUGGCACUUUCCAGGUUCUUAUGGUGAGGUUCUGCUCCUUGUUUGAACCCAAAGAGAGGACGGUGACCUUCCUUAACGGACAAACGUACUCGCUUGCUUCGCUGAGGGCUCUGGGUAUGGGCUCCCUGCUGGAUGCCAUGUUUGACUUCAGCGAGAAGCUGGGCUCUCUGGGACUGGAACAAGACGAGAUGGCUCUUUUUAUGGCUGUUGUUCUGGUGUCUGCUGACCGCUCCGGUAUUGUAGAGGUGGGAGCAGUGGAGCAGCUACAGGAGAACCUCAUAAAGGCUCUGCGUUCGCUCAUCACCAUUCGCCGGCCGGAUGACGGCACACUCUUCCCAAAGUUGCUGCUGCGCCUGCCGGACCUCCGCACUCUGAACAAUCAGCACUCGGAGAAGCUAUUAGCUUUCCGCAUAGAUCCAUAAGUUGACGUUUCAUGGCAGAGUCACGAGGUAUCCGCUUCCGGGGUCCUCUUUGCUCUCCGUGUGAGCCUGGGUUGCUAGAUUGAACACCGUGGCCUCUGCAUGACAGACAGCUGUUUCAGAAGCCAUGCCAAGUUUAACUCUGAGGGCGAGGAGUGGAAGGAGUGGAAAAACACCGGAGAACAUCAGCACAACAGGAGGUGAAGGCUCCUCAACUUUAGAGCUUCCAGCUGGACUGCCAAGAAGAAACAGACUGUAUUCUUCCAUGAGUUUCUUCGAGUCAGUGUCAAACCGUCACCUUUCCCCUCGCUCGGCUUCUGGUUUUUAUCAGAAGCAAACUUUUUCUACCGAAGACCAAAAGGAAAGGGAAAAAAAAGGACAGAGCUUGUUGUUGCUCAUCUGUCUAUGUUCUCCUGUCCCAGCUCAUAAAGCUAACAAGAAAGCACACACUUUUGAGAUAAAAAAAAACAUUUGCCAAUACAAACUUCUUCUUAUGCUCUUCCCAUGUAUAAAAAAAAAAAAAAAAUCUGAAUAUAAAGUUUGUCCUAGCAAAGAUCAUUUCUAACAUCCAGUUAGAAGCGCUGUUUGUGCUUGCCCUGUCGAAAUGAAAUAAGCUAUUUUCACAACAUGUUAUGUGGGAAAUCUUUACUGAAAUCAUCCAUUUGUGAUUGAGAUAUGUUUGAUAUUUUUAAGGAAUGAAUUGUAUUUAUACACGCUACAAAUAUUGGUCAUUUUAGACCAUGUUUGAAUGGAUAUAUGUAUAUGUUAAGGUGUUCUGUUGUACAUUUUGUACAGAACUUGCUGUAGUUGCUUCCUUGCUAGAUGCAGAUAGAUGUAUAUGUUAAAAGGAACUAUUGAAAGCUGCCAGAUUGCUUUAUAGAGGAUUCCCAUCAUGUGCUUUGAGGUUAUAGCUUUUAUUUGGAGAGAUGCACCUGAAAUAAAUGUAUUGUCACUGACAUCAUCAGCUUAUGUAUAUUUUGUAAAUGUCUAUAAUCGCAGCAUAGAGAACCACUAUUAAAAAAAACAUUAUAUACCA